GUUAAAUUAAAUUAAAUAUGGAAUUUGACAAUCUGAAUAUGGCAAUAUGACAAUUUCAAUGUGCAAUUCCGAUUAUGGAUGGAAAUCGAAUGGACUAUUGAAUCAAUUUUCGUUAUAUGCCCGAUUAAAUGCAUCUUUUUAUGCAAUCAAGUCUCAUUCUUCAAUCGGCAACUUCAAUAAUUCUUGACAAUGGCAGAAAGAAAGAUCACUUUCAUUAGAGACUUGGACAAUAUGAAGGAUGAUUACACACUAAAAGUGUUUAUCAUCCGGCUGUGGAGAUCGAUUUCAGAUGGCAACCCCACUAUUGUCAGAUCGAUGAUACUCAUGGAUGAAAUGUGUACAAAAAUCCGAGCAAGUAUGUAUCCAAGAGAUUUUCAAAGGUUUGAGUCCAAACUGAAAGAAGAUCAAGUUGUUUACAUCCGGUCCCCCACUAUCGCUCCUAACAAAUACACUUUUAAACUAAGUGAUGUAACCUCCAAGUUAAAUUUGCAUGGAAGAACAACUGUUAACGAGUGUCUACACUUUCAAUCCAACACAACAUAUGGCUUUUAUUUUGUUUCUUUUGAAACAAUUAUCUCUGCAACAGCUACCUCUAAUAAAUCAAUUGAUAUUAUUGGUGAAGUUGUUUCAUUGGGAAAGCUUGAUUCCCGUGAUGUCAGCAAAUCUCUACAUAGGCUGCCUUUACAAAUCAGAAACUUAGAAGGUUUGCAGGUUAACGUUACAUUGUUUGGAGAUAUUGCAUACCAGUUAAUUUCUUAUCUUGAAGCUCAUAAACAAGUUGGUCCAACACCUUCUGUUAACAGUUAUUAUGAACAAACACGGAUGUUCAUAAAUGCUAAUCUUCCCGAAAUUGUUACCUUCACAGAUAGCUUGGUUGGAUUACGAGGACUUCAAAACCCUUCUUCUUCUUUGACUGUUGAAAGCUCUAAAUCAUAUUCGGAAUCUGAUGACUUUUUGAAUAAUUACAAAGUUAAAAAUGUUGUCGAUUUGAUAGAACCACAAGAGAAAGUUGAAACAGAAGAUGUGUUCAACGGUCCAGAUAGUGGUGAUGCAAGUGUGGUUUUAAAAUGCAAUGGUGAUAAUUGUAAAAAUAAGAAGAUCUCUUCUGUUCCAAGGUAUAAAAUACAUAUUCGUGUGCAAGAUGAUUCUGGAACAAUCACUCUAACUCUCUUUGAUAGAGAUGCUUAUAGACUCGUCAAAAAACACGCACGUGAUCUUAUAGAGAAAAUCAAACAGGUUGGGGAUAAUCCAAGAUUGUAUCCUUAUGACCUCAAAUGUCUAGAGCAUAAAAAGAUGGCUUUUAAGGUAGAUGUUAAUAGUUUUAACGUAUCCAAUAACUACAAUCGGUUUGGGAUACUUGGAUAUACGGUUGAUAGUAACGUUAUCGAUGCUUUGGAAAAAAAGUUAGUUGUCGAGGUAGUCUUGCAAAUGCUGAUGAUACAAAAACCGCAUCUCAUGAAGUAUCUCACGAAACAAAGCUCUGUCUUUCUUUCAAUUUUUACAUCUCAUAACAAUUGUACUUCUCCUCCGGCGCCACCUUCCUACUAUGCCACUCUCCUCCAACGCCUAUCUGAUUUCCGUAUGGAUCUUCAUUUCUUGAUGACAUCUCCAAACGCCAAAUCACAGCCAUCACUUAAUCCAAUGGUGAAUUAACUACAAAGCAUCCCUUCUUCCGACGACGACUCUGGAAAAGUCACAUAAGUGGAGAUAAUGUUAAUUCAAUGGCAUGGGAUCAGGUUUUGAAGGCUCACUAUAUGCGAUUCAUGUAUUAUGCUUCUAGGGCAAAAUGGUCUUUUGGGUGUUGCUUUUUCUAAUGCUUCUGGUUUGCAGUUUGUAGUUGAUCAAAUGAGUAUAUUAGGAUUUAUGAGUGCCAAAUAGAGUUUGCUGUAGUCAAACACAUGUAAUAGUUGAAUCCAGAUGCAUAAUUUUGACAGCCCAACAUUUAUAUACGAGGCUAUUAUUCUAAUCUUUUCGAUAAGAUAAACUCUUUCUUUAUAAAUUAU